AUGAGCUACCCCGCCGUCUCCCCGUAUCCCCCCGCCGGCAACAACCCAGCCACCGGCCCCGGCUCCGGAUUCCCUCCCACCUCUGGCCUCGCAGGCGUCCAGCCUCACUCCAUGUCUAGCACCCCCGCCCCCAACAACGCGUACGGCGCAAACAACAUAGGCCCAGGGUCCGGUGCGGGAUACCGCGGCGGCGUCUCGGAGGAAAAAUCUGUCGCGCACAAGUUCAAGGAGAGCACAAAUCUCUUUGCGCGUCGGUUCCAGGCUGCUCUGGACCGGUCGACUCCUAUGGUGCUGGAGAGGUGGCUAUUGACCCUCGGCUUCUUCAUCAUCUUUUUGCUCAACGUCAUCAUCCGUCAAGGCUGGUACAUUGUAUGUUACGCCCUCGCCAUCUACAUUCUCAAUCUCUUCCUCGCCUUCCUCCAACCCCGGUUCGACCCUAGUCUCGCAGAGGACCUCGCUGCCGACGACGUGGAAGAAGGCGCGCCUGGAUUGCCCGGUGGUGGCGCAGGUGCCAAGCCUGCAGGCGGCAUCAAGGGUCUCUUGAACGGAUUCUCCACUGGCGAGGAGGAUGAGGAAUUCAGGCCAUUCAUUAGGCGUCUCCCUGAGUUCAAAUUCUGGUACUCUGCCACCAAGGCCACCUCCAUCGCCCUCCUCUGCACCAUCACCCGAGCUACCGAUGUCCCCGUCUACUGGCCCAUUCUCGUCAUCUACUUUUUCACCUUGUUUGGUCUCACUAUGAGAAGGCAGAUUCAACACAUGAUCAAGUACAAGUACGUGCCCUUCGACCUCGGCAAGAAGGUACGAUACGGCAGAAAGUAG